AUCCUUGACAUCACCAGAAAUCCCUUCUCUCUGUCUAAUCAACAAUUUUCUUUCUCCUCUUCAGCAAAAUUCGAUCACUGUCAAGAUGUCGAUGACAGCGACUGACAAACACAUCCCCAGAGUAACCAUCACAGACGAAUGCAUCGCCGCAUACAACCAACUCCGCUCAGGCAGACGAACCCCGAAACCAAAGUUCAUCAUCUACAAAGUCUCCGACGACACUACGACCAUUGUCCUGGAGGAAUCAUCCCCGGAGACAGACUACGAAGUCUUCCUCCAGAAACUUUCUUCUGCGCUUGACAAAGAUGGAAACCCGGCUCCGCGGUAUGCCGUCUACGACGUGGAAUAUGAUCUUGGGAGUGAAGGCAAACGUAGCAAGACUAUCUUCAUUCACUGGGGCCCCAGUCAUGCACCGAUCAAGCUUUGCAUGCUUUAUGCCUGUAGCAAGGAGCAAUUAAGAAAAGCUCUUGACGUCAACGUCUCCAUUCAUGCAGAUAGUCUGAAUGAGCUUGAGUGGAAACUUGUGUUGAAGGAGGCGAGUGGGGGUAAGGCAUAGAUGCACAGAUGCACGCUUGUUGGGAAGUGAUCAGCGCAUAAGCAACAGGGCGAUGGGUUGAGCUCGGUAUUUAUCCACCGGAAAUGAAAAAUGA